AUGAGUUCAGCUGUAUGUGCACAUAUCUCUGGUGCCGCCACUAGUGGCGGCAUCGCCCCAGGCAUCGGAUCCAAUUCCAAGAUAUACAAGGAUGAUUGUAUGUACAAUUUCGAUACUGCUGAGAAUAAUUCAAAUGGGUUAGAUGUUUGUUUAAGUUGUUUCCAGGCUUUUUCCCGUAGUGAUCAUGAUAUAAACUAUACUUUGAAGCAUGGUCAAUUGCAGAGCCAUGAGCUAUUUCUUAAUAUCGUCAAGACUUUGAAACCGGAAGCUCAAGAAGAAAUGCAAAAACCCCAGGCUGAAGAAAAUGAAGAAAGAGAGAAGAAGAUAGCAAAACUUGAGAUCAAGGAGAGCAAGGAAUCGGAUUUCUAUGAUAUUAUCAAUUCAAUUUACUGUUUAAAAUGUGAUCACAAGUAUGCUAUUGGAGAAUCCCCCAUAGAGGUUCAAAGCUUGGUCAAUCAGAUAUUAGCUGCUAAUUCAACUAAUAGAAAUGAUGAAAUCAAAGCAUGGGAACAAGAGAUUCUUCCAUGUGAACACUCGAUAGAUUUGCAGCAAACUCCGUACUCCGAUGAAAUUGAUUUGACUCUGUGUGGUCAAUGUGAUUUGAAAGAAAACUUGUGGAUUUGCUUGCAUUGUGGGAAAUUGGGAUGUGGUCGUAAGCAAUUUGGAUCGGAAUUGCCAGGUAAUUCUCAUGCAUUAAGUCAUUACGAAGUCUCUCAGCAUCCAGUUGCGAUUAAAUUGGGUUCUUUAUCUGCAGAUGAUGCUAAUAGUUGUGACGCGUAUUGCUAUCAAUGUAAUGAUGAAGUGAAAGUACCUGGGUUAUCAGAAAAAUUACUCAAAUAUGGUAUUGAUAUAAAUUCUCGAACCAAAACUGAAAAAAAUUUAAUCGAAUUGAACUUGGAACAAAAUUUGAAUUGGGAUUUUAAAUUAGAUGGUGCAAACGGGGAAAAAUUGAAACCACUUUUUGGGAAAGAUUGUACUGGGUUUCAAAAUUUGGGGAAUUCUUGUUAUUUGAAUUCAGUGGUUCAAUCAUUAUUCAGUUUACAAGAUUAUGAUGAUUUUUUCAAAUCAAAAGAUUUUGAUGAAAAAGUUAAGGAUCCUGCAGUUGAUUUAGAAAGUCAAUUAAUCAAAUUAUAUAAGGGUUUGAAAUCAGGUAAUUAUCUGAAACCAAAUAAGAAUGUCUUCACAAGCAAAGGUGACCAGUAUCAAAUGGGUAUUAAGCCAUCUGCUUUCAAAACACUAAUUGGGGAAAACCAUCCCGAAUUUCAAACUCAAAGACAACAAGAUGCAUUUGAAUUCAUGUUGUAUUUAUUGGAUAAACUUGAUAAUCAAUAUGGUUUCGCUCUUAACAAGAAUUUAAAAUUUUUAAUGGGUAAUAAAGUGAUUUGUUCUAAUUGUGAUCACGGUAAAUUGAACCACGAAUUAGUUGAUAACUUAUCGGUUCCCGUUAAUGCUGAAGUUUUGAAAGUUGAGGAAGACGGCACCAAAAUAUAUGAAGAAAUCUCCUUAAAUGAUUGUUUCCGUGACUAUUGUUCUACUCAGGAAAUUGAAGGGUAUCAGUGUGAUGAAUGCAAUGCCAAGUCAACGGCUUUACAAUCAAGUGGAUUCAAGACUUAUCCGAAAUAUCUUGUUGUUAAUGCCAAAAGAAUCAAAUUAGAAAAUUGGGUCCCAGUUAAAGUUGAUAUUCCAAUCAAACUAGAAGACUCGAUUGAUUUAAAACAAUAUGAAGUCCCCAAGUUUUCCAAUGGUGAAGUUGAAGUGAAAGGCAACUCUAAAACCAACGAACCCACAACUUUUGCUGCUAACGAAGAAGCAAUGGCCACUCUAUUGAGUAUGGGAUUCACGGAAACUCGUUGUCUCAAGGCUUUAUGCAACACUGGGAAUUCAAAUGCUGAAGAUGCAAUGAAUUGGAUUUUCGCUCACAUGGAAGAUGCUGAUAUCGAUGAGCCAUUCGAUCCAAGCGCUUCCACUAACAAUGCUGGUGCAGGUAACGAGCCAAGUGCAGAAUUAAUCGAAAACCUUAUGGCCAUGGGAUUUGCUCACGCUCUUGCCAGAAAGGCUCUCAUUCUCAACGGUGGUGAUGUAAAUGUUGCUGUUGAAUGGCUAUUCAACAACCCUGAUGAUGAUGGGAUCAUAGAAGAGGGUACUGAUAAACCAGUGGUCAAUAUCCAAGCCGAAACUGAGACUCUUACUGAAGAAUUAUUGAACCAACCAGAACCUUCAAAUACAAGAUAUGCCAUCAAAUCGGUUAUCUGUCAUAAAGGUACUUCACCACACACCGGGCACUAUGUUGCAUUUAUCAAGAAGCUUGUAGAUGGUGAGAGAAAAUGGGUUUUAUUCAACGACGAAAAAGUUGUCGAAUGUGACGAUAAAUGCAUCGAGGACAUCGAGAACAACGGAUAUAUCUACAUAUUCGAACGAGUAUAA